AUGCUGCUGCUUGAUACAGGCAAGGUCGACGCCGAUUCUAAGGAUAGACAUGGCAAAGUCGAUGCCGACUCUAAGGACAGAUAUGGUCAGACGCCACUAUACUUAGCUGCACGGAAUGGGCAUGAGGCCGUCGUCAAGCUACUACUUAAUAUAGGCAAGGUCGAUGCCGACUCUAAGGACGGAGAUGGCAAAGUUGACGCUGAUUCUAAGGACGGAGAUCGUAAGACGCCGUUAUUAUCGGCUGCAUAG